AGAAGGAAAAACGUCACGACAGUGUCGUGAAGAACCCGUCAUCAACAACAACACCAAGCUGACAACAGUUUCAGGUGCCUGGAAUGCUCGUGUCUAGAUCAACGAUACGUUUACACAUUUAAAUGCUCGGUGUCAGUUCACAGUUGGAAUGGAGGCUAUGGAAGAUGACAGUUCGGAAGUAAAAGAUGACCAUAAUCACAACUAUUGUGCGAGCAACAGCAGUAAGGUCCAGACUGAUUCAAGCAGCCGACUGUCCGAUGUGACAACUUUCCCUCAGCCUGCCUGUUUAGCGCUUCUGGGAAGGGAAGAUAUGUCGGGUCGGAGGAGUUUGCCAUGCCGCAGCACUGAUGGUUCCAAGUUAAUGGACUCGGACUCUGGCAGCGAAUCUAGCGAAGAGACCGAACCUGCCGCAUCUGCUCAAGACAAGUUCACUGUCGACUCGACUUCAAAGUUCCUUCUUAAUGCAACGGCCGUGCAAGACUAUCGUAACAACCACUGGCCAAACCUGGAGAAGGCCAUUGAGCGAUUGCUCAUUCAGAAUCCCACGGACCACAUCUCUGUUUCGUAUGCUCAAAUAUACAGUUACGUCUACAAGUGUGUUUGCCAGCAAUACUCAGAGCUGCUUUACAGUGACCUGAAAUCCAAAAUCACUGAUCAUCUACAGCAAGUGUCCGCCGAGCUACAUGCCGUCCCACAAGAAAACCUGAUUGAAAGCUUCAACACAGCCUUGACACAAUACUUUGCGGCUCUUCAGUGUAUUGUUCCAGUGUUUAUGUAUUUGAACAAGUUUUACAUCGAGUCCAAACUGAAUCGUGAUCUGAAACAGGAUUUGAUGAACCUGUUUGCCGAUCACGUCGCAGAGAAAUAUGUCAACACGCUCAUGCCUCUCCUGAUUAAAGCUCACGCCGUGCCCUUCAAGGUGCAGCCGUCAACUAUGGCCAGUGUGGUGAAAGGCCUGCAUAGCCUCCGACCAGAGUGGACCCAGUUGGCUCCUGUUCUUUUCUCUGACUUUAUUCCUCAAAUCAACCCUCCUGCUAUGGAGUCUCUGCUUUUGGAGUACGCAGCGAAUGACCAGAAGCUCCAGAUGGAACUUUCCUUGAACGGCUAUCCACGAGGUGAUCAGUCCCGCAAACGAUCCAACGAUGACUCCUAACGGGAACAAGGACAUCCGCAUUUGUUCAGCUCAACGAUGAGUAUGAAAGGUACCAACAGAAAAGGUUGGAAUUUGCCAGCUUCUGAGUUUGCAUCGGAGGCGUCACAAAGUUGUAACAGAGGAUGAAAAAGUACAGCCAGGGUUGUGUCUAACGUGCCUAAAACUGUUAUGUUGUUGAUAAUAUACAAGAACAUUAUCUGAGCAUCAUUGAUGCUGUGAAAGAAGAGUUCGUCAAGGGGUUUAUCCUGAUAAAAUAUACAAAAGUGAUACACUGAUAAUAACAUUGUAUUCUAAACAUCUAUCAUGAAAAAGAAUGGGCUAAGAUGUGCUGCUAAUGAUCCAUCCAGUAUGUUUGUAUACAAAUGACCUAGUUUCUCUCCUUGUGUCUGUGAAGUGAGCAGCUUGACUGCAAAGAGUACGGCAAGAAACAGGAACUAAACUGUGAUUCUCCAUCCAUGUUGUUGCCUUUAUCGUGUUGGUAAACCCGAUUGUGUUUCCAGACACACCAAAGACUUGCAGUACAGUAAUUAUUCAUUCAAAAUGGAGUUGAGCUAAAGUUGUUAAUUAUGCAUGUUUAUUUGUCGUGAGUAUAUAUUUUUUACUAACAAAUGAUUGGUUCUUAUUCAAAUUAGAACUAAAAUGUGUGUUGUAUCCUUGCAUGUAGAGCUUUUUAGUCAUUCGAGUGCCAGAAAGCAUAUUUUGCGUUGUUGCAAAUGUGUACAGUGUAUCACAAAAGUGAGUACACCCCUCGCAUUUUUGCAGAUAUCUAAGUAUAUCUUUUCAUGGAACAACACUGACAAAAUGACACUUUGAUACAAUGAAAAGUAGUCUGUUAAUUAGUUAAUUGAUUUUCCCCUCAAAAUAUAGCCAUUUAUAUCUAAACUCCUGACAACAAAAGUGAGUACACCCCUUUGAAAUAACGUACAUCCCUAAAUGUCCAAAUUGAGUACUGCUUGUCAUUUUCCGUCCAAAAUGUCAUGUGACUUGUUAUAGGAGUGCUGUCAGCAUUGCUGCAGAGACUGAAGAGGUGGGGGUCAGCCUGUUAGUGCUCAGACCAUACACCACACCCUAUAUCAAAUUGGUGUGCAUGGCUGUCACCCCAGGAGGAAGCCUUUUCUGAAGACGGUACACAAGAAACCCUGCCCGUCUCAUCAGACCAUACGACAUGGUUCCAGUAAUUCAUGUGCUUUGUUGACAUGUCUUCAGCAAACUGUUUUCGGGCUUAAUAAAUUAACUAUUAAAUAACUAAUAAAUUAACUCUAUUAUAUAAGCUGCACACAGACUACUUUUCAUUGUGUCAAAGUGUCAUUUUGUCAGUGUUGUCCCAUGAAAAGAUAUACCUAAAUAUCUGCAGAAAUGUGAGGGGUGUACUCACUUUUGUGAUACAUUGUAUAUGUGUCAAGUCAGAAUUUUAACACAAGAUAUGCAAAUAUAAAAAAAUGUGCAGGUCUACAUGAAAAGUCUUGAUAAAGCUUCAUGUUUAGUGUUAACUAACACACACGCUCUUGGGUGUGAGUAUUCACUUGGCUUUGUGUCUUUUGCACUGUUUUAAGUGUAAUUUUAUUAAUUUUAAUUUCGUCAACUGGUAAUGUUUGUCAUUCCUUCAAAUAUUUGAAUUACUGAUGGCACACAGCUUAAUUUCAUUAACCAAUAGAAUGAGUUAGAAGUAUGUCAGUACUCUGAUGUCGGCAUGUGCCGGUAUGAUGACCUUAAGCAAAAAUAUCACGGUUUCACGGCAGGGCUGGCCCAGGCCAUUUGGGGGCCCUAAGCAAAAUAAUGCAAAGGGGCCCAUAUUUUUGCCCCACCAUUUUGUCACCGUGUACUGUGAAACCCAUACAUGCAAUCCAACCCAUACGUCCAUAUUUUGUGUAUUAAUCAGAUUUUGUUGCACUGCAUACUUCAAACUUCUCACCCCAAAUGAUUGUCAGUACUUACAGUAGAUAGCGCCAAACCUUUUUCUAGAAGAGGAAAGAAAAGUUAAGGAAGAACUUUUAUUUUUUUAAGCUUGUAAUCAAGUAUCAAAACUCACAAAAGUCAGAUAAAGCAAACUAGUAAACAAAAUAGAAUAUAAAUUAAACAAUUGUCAAAUUGGGGGCCCCCUAGUGGUCAGGGGCCCUAAGCAGCUGCAUAGUAUGCGUAUAGGCUGGGCCGGCCUUGUUUCACGGUAUUGUAAUUACAGCUCUAAAAUGUGUUACUUUGAGAUAUAUGGGUUUAAAAAAAAACUGCAUUGAACAGGAUUUUUAUUUUUCAAAACAUAUUAGCAAUUGGAACAUAAGUAUCAUGUUAAGUUAAAAAAUACAUAUUCUAAAUAAAUUAAAAUAAAUGCUGUCCUUGAGGUGAGCCUAAAAGCCUAAACCCAGGCCACAGUGCAACAUUAUUGCCAUCAGAACAAAAAUAAUUGAAUUAUAUGCCAUAAAAAACGUGUGUAUGACUCCUAUUAUAUUUACAUUAUACACACUUUCUCAACACAGACAGUUGCCAGAGAGAAAAAAACAUGUUUUACCACCGCUAGACACACUAAACAUGCUUGGGAAACGUUCAUGACUGAUUACUAACCUUUAAUUUUGUAUAAAUGAGAAAUCAUAUUAGAGGUAUUACCUCCUUGGCAGCCACCCUCCGCAAACGUGUUUUACAUGUACGUUGGCCCUCCUAUAAGCCACCGCUGUCUGUAACUUUUCUGUAUGGCCGAAGUGUUCCCAUAGCAGAGAUUUCGUUUUCUUCGAUGGGGGAAAAAUGUUCAGGAGUUUCACCUCCUCCAGCCAUCGUGUAGCACAGCUGACUCACUGACACUGAGCAACAACUGGUCGGGGAGGGAUGAGCCUUGCAGCUGCAAGCGAGGGAUUUCUCCAUGCAGUUUUGGGACAUAGAAAAAAUGGUAUGACAAAAAAAAAUUUCAUACCACACAGUAUACCUUGAAACCGGUAAUCGGCACAUGUUUACUCUGAACUCUUAACAUGUCAGAUGUAUUACUUUGUCAUACAGUGGCUUUUGAAAAUUAAGACAGCUUUGCUAAUUUUUUUUGUGAAAAAAAUGUGACAUAAAAUAUCUAUCUUCUAUUGUGCUUGUUUUCAUUGUAUAUGUAAACAACUUUUGUCUUUCUUCAGAUAUUCCACAUACUGUAUUCAUUAUAAAACUAAUGGUACUGAAAAUAACGAUGUGUUAAAUUAGCAACAAUCCACUGCUCAAAAACAUUAGAGGCACACUUUUUAAGGUAUAGCAACCUAUCAGUCAAACUUCUGGGAUAAUGAUCUGGUCAAUUAAGUACCAGAGGGGGAU